AUGUACGUCCCUGAAGAAGAAAUUAAGAUAAGCGAAGAGAAUAAAUUGCUAGCAAAUUUGUUCCGCGAACGACAACUUCGUCGUAGCCAAGGAGGUAGUCAGAGCGCUCAAAGUGUUUCCGAAUGUCCAAUGGAUACAUCUGUCAAAGAAGGCACCAUUCACUUUGAUUCAGAAUCUACGGAGGCGAGACAGAGCGGAGGCGUAGUGCACUCAGGUGCCAGUGCUAAUGAUCCGGAUGCUGCAGCAUCAAGCAGUUCGGAUGUGGUUGUCGUCACUCCACCACCAGUAUCCGUUUCGAAGAAUGCGGCGAUAAAUCGCGAAAGUAACUCGAACGUUAGCGAAGAAGCUCCGAAGAGAAAAAAGAAGUUAUCUUGGAGAUCACUUUUCAAAAAGUUUCGCCGAAAGAUGAAACAUGAGAAGAACUCGAAAAAGCGGGAAAGGUUGUACGAGUUCAUACUGGACAUGAAACAAGAGCUAGAGAAGGAUCUACCAAGUGGAUAUAAUCGAAGAAUUGACAGAGAAGAUGAUCGAGGGAAGGGAAGUAGCGUUCUUCUUCCGACUCAGAAAUAUCGCAAGAGAAAAAGGAGGAUGAGUACAAAAGCAGGAGGAGGCGUUCACACUCUUCUGACAGUGCCAAAUCCAUAUUUCGACAACGUGAGGAUGACAGCAAGGAAAGAAGUAUGGUUUCCUCGUCAGAAAGUAAAUCUGAAGAUUGGAGACAUAGAAGUAAUAGCCGCAACCAAAAUUCGAGAAAAUCUUCAAGAACCUUUUCUUCAUCUAGUCACAAUCGAAGAUCGAGUUGGUCAUACAGAAGUUCUAAUUACUAAAUUGAAACUAUGUGAUGUUUAA